AUGGAAUGGGCGUGGAUGCUGUUUACACACAUGCCGGCAGUUUCGGCUGCUGAUAGUACACUGCACUUUCCUGCCAAGCCGGCCACAACCCCUGAGCCUGAUGUCAUCCCAGUAGUCCAGCACUCUGUAAGCAGUCCCCAGGGUGUUAUGAUCAACCUGAAUCUUGCCACCUGUAACGUCCUCACUCUGCAGCAUAGUAGGCAUACAGAUCGGAUCCUCCAAAUUGGUGCAGCUGGACCUACCAGACAGGAAUGGAUAUUUGAAACGCUUGAUGAACAUGGCAUUCACGUUUUUGCUUUGCAAGAGACACGUCUCAAGAAAGUUUGGAAGCACCAUGACCCAAGAUUCCAUUUGAUUCAGAGUGCCGCAGCAGCCCAUGGACAUUUCGGCAUGAUGAUUGGCUUAUCCAAACUUCAUCCAUAUAGCUGGAACAAUGAGACACCGAUAUGCUUUGCGGAAACUGAUUUUUCCAUUUUAGUCGCUGAACCCAGGCUGCUCAUUGUUGCAGUUAAGACCAAUGCCCUCAAGUGCGUUCUCAUGGCUGCACAUGCUCCUCACACUGGUGCCACACAGCAUGACAUUGAAAUGUACUGGGAAUCAGCAAGUGCCCAAAUCCCCCAGCGAUUUGACACAUGGCCAAAGAUUCUGCUUGCGGACGCCAAUUGCCGAAUUGGUGGUCAGCCAGAUGGAAGAGUUGGUGACUGGCAAUCUGAAGGUAUGCAUGACAAAGCCAACCCUUCGUUGAUUUCCUUGCAGUGCAUGAUCUUUUCCUACCCAGUACAUUUGAGAACUCGCACUUUGGACUUGACAAAAUGCUCCAAUGAUGAACGGCAUAAGAAGCAACCGAAACUGAAGAGCGAGCGAUUUGACGGUUCUGCCCUUCAGGAGUUAUCCAAGAAAGCAGCACUGUCUUUCGACCUUGAUCAGGAAGCCACGGCACUUAUCCAGCACAAGCAGAAGUGGCGGAAGCUCCUUGCUGAGCAUCAGCACAUCCAGAGACAAACUCAGACUGCCAUGUGUUUUGCGGCAUGGAAGUGCUCACUACAUGGAGGCAUGCCAUUUGAUCAGAUUUCCGAGUUUGAUUGCAUGUUGAAGGAUCAGGACAAAGAUGUUGCAAUCUCACUGCACUCCUUCCGUAGCAUAGGUAGGCAAGUCACAACAGCAAUCCGUCAGGAUGAUGUUAAUUUUUUUGCCAACCUUACACAGGAAGUGUCAGAAUUUCUUGGACCACAUCAGACACGAGAAUUUUGGAAAGUGCUACGUAGAAGCCUGCCCAAGUUUCGUGAUCGCAGGAUGGGUCAAGAUCCACAUAAACUUGAGAUUCUUCAUGACCAAUGGGAACCCUACUUCAUGCAAUUGGAAAGUGGAACGCAGAAAGCACCCAUCAAUAUUGUCGCUGAUUGCCAUAAUCGACAGCUUGCAGCAGACAUUGUGCAAACACAUUUCUCCAUCACUGAUCUCCCUUCGGUGCUGGAGCUCGAAGAUGCAUUGCGGGAGACCCACGCAGAGAAAGCCACAGGACUGGACCCAUUGCCAUCAGGCAUCUUCCGUGAAUGGGCUACUGAAAUUGCCACAGUUUAUUUCCCACUCUUGCUCAAAAUUUGUAUGUGGCAACAUGAACCAGUGGCCUCCAAAGGAGGUGAGAUUGCAGUCAUCUACAAACGAGGGACUGGUCUCCAGGCCUCAGACUACCGUGGGAUCAUGUUACUGCCGUCAUUGGCAAAACGCACCUACGCAAUGCUGCGAAUGCGGCUGAUGAGUCUGCUGAGCACCACCAAACCUCAAGGGCAGCUGGGUGGUUUUCCUGCUAUGCAGGUUCCCUUUGGUUCCCAGCUCCUCCAAACAUUUGGACGUUUGAUGGAUGCCAUGGAUGUAUCUUCAGCCAUUGUUUUCCUGGAUUUGAGCAAUGCCUUCCACCGGUUAGUUCGGGAACUUGUAUCAGGUGUUUCAGUCCCGCAAGACCUGGACAUGAUUGAGUUGCUGCAGUUGCCAUGCCUGCUCCAGAGAUUGAAUGCACCACCUUUCUUGAUUCAACUGAUCAAAGACCUGCGCACGGACACAUGGAUGUAUGUACCAGGCGCGAAGAUCCCUCUUGUCACAAAAAAGGGGACGAGACCUGGAUCGCCUUUGGCUGACUGCAUAUUUCACAUAUUGAUGGCGGACAUUACAGGGGAUCUCAACCGAAUUGUUGCUGCUAAUGAACCAUUCCAGCAGAUUCUGAGCAGAGCAGAUCUCCAUGUUGAAAGUGUAAUCUGGGCAGAUGAUGUGGCUAUCCCAGUCGCCACGGAAGAAGCACGAGAUCUCCCGGCAGCCAUUGAGACUAUCUUAGUUGCUGCCCACAAGAUCUUCUCCAGACGAGGCUUCACUCUCAAUAUGAAAAAGGGAAGACAAGAGAUUGCUACACGCAUUGGCAUGGCCAAGAGCGCAUUUGCACAAGUUGCAGCGCCGAUUCUCUGCAAUAGGCACUUGCCUGAGCCAACCCGAGUACGAAUGUUUAAGACGCUGAUCGAAAGCCGCCUCUUCUUUGGUCUAGGAGCUUGGAAAACGCCAACGUCCAGGCAAAUGGCCAAAAUACAAGCAGCCUUGAUUGCCAUGCUGCGCAGACUUUUCAGGCUGACCCCAGAGGAAGUGCAAAGAACGACAGCUGCUGAUCUUUUUCAUCGUGCUCAGCUCUGCUCUCCAAGAGCUCGAUUAGCAGUUGAUAGACUCCUCUAUGCGCAAAAGUUGUGGCAGAAUGGACCUGAAAUGCUGCAGCACUGCCUACACAGAGAAGAGGCACUUACGCAGGACUCCUGGCUCCUGGGACUCAAAUAUGAUCUGCAAUGGCUUUGCAAAUUGGAACCUACGAGGCUUCUCCCUUUGAGCGCAGUUGCAGACCCAAGUCAUUGUGAUCUCACGGAUCUUAUUGAUGAUUGGCAAGCUGGUGGAUCAGACUGGAAAACAUUUGUGAAGCGAGCAUGGAAACGAUUUGUGCGACAAGAGACCAUGAUGAAUGAUCUCAUUGGCCUGCAUAAGCAAUUUUUCCAUGUACUGACCAAGGUAAACCAAUGCUAUCAGGCGUUACGGCAGAAGGGUUUCAAAGCUGACCUUGUUGCAGGAGCCUUCCAGCAGCUGCCCAUAGAGGUGCGAGGACUAGGAAGAGUUGAAACACAGCAGACAGCUGGACCACUUCAGCCUCCUGCUGUCCAGCGUCAACAAGUUAGGAAUAAGAUUCUGGAACAGAUUGCGCACCUACAACGAAACCUGGAAGUUGACAGGACACCUGAUGAGCCUUUUGACACCAGGCAACGUCUGUGUAGCUUCUUGUCGACCACUACCUCAGACUGGUUUGAACGGUUCUGCCAAGAAGGUUUUGAUGAAGACUUGGCGGCAGACUUACCAGAUUUGUGGCUUGCAGUUCUUUUUCAAUUUGAAGAUGGGAUCGAUGAGUGGAUUGAAGCAGAAAUACUGGCCUGGGGGCAGAACCACCUAGCAGAUCUCAUUGCAAAUUUUGUUGAUGGAGCUGCAGAGCGACUAGUAGAUGAAGCAUAUGCCAACAUGAUUGAUGAUUUUCCUCGACAGCAGAUCCUGCGGCAGAUUGCCCAAUGUGAAGCUCGACUGAGACAGUUUGAUGCAGAAGGGGAGCGGUUUUUCCCCCAUCGACCAGUCCGACGUGCAACAGCAAAUGUCGCAGAGAGAGCAGUGCAUGCAGCCAAGGUAGACAGUCUGUUUGAGACGCAGGCAAUUUUCUUUGAGCAAGUCGGCACUGCAAAAUGGCUUGAUUUACCACGAGUAAUGUUGUUGCCAUUUCUUAAGCGGCCACAAGAACCUCCUCUUUUCAUCAUUGCCCACCUCUUUAGUGGGCGGAGAAGGACUGGGGAUGUACAUGAAAGGCUGCACUACUGGGCCAAUCAAGCUGGAGUCCAGAUAUUAGUGCUGUCCUUAGACACGGCCAACUCGACCACAUAUGGGGAUUUACAUCAUGCAUCGAUCACAUGGCGCAAUCUUUUGCGCUUGUACGAGGAGGGCAGGAUUGCAGCCACCAUUACUGAUGCGCCUUGUGAAACGUGGUCUGCGGCAAGACACCAUAUUUUGGUUGAUGAAGAAGGGAAUCCAUUGCCAGGGCAGCCGAGACCCUUACGAGACAGGAUCCGACUGUUUGGAAGAGCUCAACUGAGUUUCCGUGAGUUGCGCCAGCUCCAGCAAGGCUCCCUGUUCUUCAUGCAAAUGACCAUCACAGUUGCAUGGGCAAUCUGCACGGGUGGAAUCUACUUAAGUGAACACCCAGCCCCACCAGCCAGCAUCUGGUUGACCCCUUGGAUCAAAUUGUUGCGAACCCAUCCUGACGUGGCCCUACAUGUUGUUGCGCAGUGGAAAUGGGGAUGCACAGUCAGUAAGCCAACCGGCCUAUUAGCGGUGCGACUCCCACGAUUUGGUAAAUCCAUGCACAGCAGGCAGAAAGCCGACGCGGCCGCACCCAAGGAGGACGAUCUCCGCGGAUCUGAGACUGGCACCACCGAUGAACGCCCGCGCAUCUGGUCACAGAUGUCACUUGGAGCGAAGCCAGCUUUGACCGACAGGAUCGGCCGCUACAUCGGCAGACGACACAUGCGGGGUCCGGAUGCCCGGAUUUUCGGAGGCGUGCUGCAGAGGCAAGUUGAUGGAACAUGGGGUAGCAACAUGGAUGUGGAUCCCAGUUAG